AGGAAAGUCAGUAAAGACGACAUUGUGAUUCUUGAUUCCUUGAAUUAUAUUAAAGGCUACAGAUAUGAGCUGUUCUGUCUUAUCAAGCAUACACAAACACCCCAUUGCUUGGUGUACUGUUUGACGUCAACUGACGUGAGCUCAGAAUGGAAUAAAGGCAGAGAGGCUGAUUCUCAGUACACAGGAAAUAUUCUUGAUGCGCUAGUACUGCGUUUUGAAGCCCCUGAUUCAAGGAAUAGAUGGGAUAGUCCACUCUUUACUAUUCAGCAAGAAGACUCGCUUCCAUUUGAAGCCAUCUGCGAUGCACUUUUCAAAAGAAAAGCACCACCACCUAAUCAGUCCACGCAGAGCCAACCGCUCUCAUCCACAAACUUUCUGUAUGAGUUGGACAAAGUUACUCAAGAUGUCCUAAUGGCUGUUCUUGAGUCACAGAAGACCAGCUUCCCUGGAGAUCUCGUUUCCAUUCCUGGAGCCACGGAAAAGAUUGAACUCACAAGAAGUCUUAACAUGGUGGAGUUGAGGAAACUCAGACGUCAGUUCAUCAGUUACACCAAGAUGCAUCCGACAGAGAACAUUGGACAGAUUGCCAAUAUGUUUGUGCAGUAUCUUAAUAAGAGCAUGCACUAACAGGUGUUUUUUCUUUUCUUUUUUGUAAUU